UUUCGGUGAACCAUAGGUUGUCUAUAAAUAUAAAUAACUCCAAAGACAACAUAGAUGCAAAUUAAAAUGGCAAAGCUUGCUAAACUAGUUUCAAUUUUCAGUUUGUUAACUGCGCUUGUUUUGCUAUCAUCAUGCCCAGCAAUAUCUCAAGAACUUGAAAACCAGAAUGAGUUUAGUUAUGACGAAGAUAGUGAGAUAGGACCACAACAUUGGGGAGACAUUAAACCUGAAUGGAGUUUGUGCAAAUAUGGAGAAAGGCAAUCACCAAUUGAUUUGAUAAAUAAAUUAGUUGAAAUUGUAUCAUAUUUAGGACCACUUCAGAUUAGGUCCAAGCCCUCCAAUGCAAUUCUUAAAAACAGGGGUCAUGAUAUCAAGUUGGAAUUCACUGAAAACUCAAACUAUCUACUAAUCGAUGGAAUUCAGUAUGCACUUAAACAAUUUCAUUGGCAUUCUCCCUCAGAACACACCAUAAAUGGCAGAAGAUUAGAUCUAGAGUUACACAUGGUACAUCAAACUCCAUCCGGACAAAUAGCGGUGAUCGGAGUAUUGUACAGAAUUGGAAAACCAGAUACUUUAUUGUCAUUGUUGAGAAAAGACCUAAGGGCAAUUUCUGGACAAACUGGGGAAGAAAGAGUGGUAGGUGUCAUCAAUCCUAAGUUGGUUAAAUUGGAUAGAGAUGAGUAUUACAGAUACAAUGGUUCAUUGACUACUCCAGCAUGCUCUCAGAAUAUUACUUGGACGAUUAUUCGAGAGGUGAAAUCAGUUUCGAAGAAGCAAAUCGAAUUGCUUCGAGUUGCCGUUCAUGAUGAAUCAGACAGUAAUGCAAGACCAUUGCAACCAUUAAACGACCGCUUAGUGCAGCUCAACAGACCAAAACGUUGUCAACCUUUGAAGUUCGAAUCCACUCAUGAUGACCAAAACAUGAUUAGGAACUUGUAUGAUAGUGAAUAAUACAUUUUCACAUGAACUAGUUUGAUCCUCUUAUGUGAUGUUGUAUCGUGUAACAUAGAUGACUAUUAUAUUAUGUGAUGAAAAACUUUCUAUUUUUUAUUAA